UUCAUGGGACAACGCUAGCGAGAUUUUCUCGAGUUCACUCGCUUGUUGUCGCGCACGAGGUAGUUGAUCGUCUUGGGUCAAGUCCUCCUUUUGCAAGGCAAAGUCCACUCGAGCACCCGCCAUGCAAAUCUCCCAGAUCCUGAUCGACCUUGCCGUGGCAAACCCUGUGAUAUACGGCCUUGUCAUCGCUCUGCCCGUCGUGGGCGGGAUGGUAGCGCACUACCUCUUCUUCAAUACACGGUUCGACGCGCUGAAAGCCAUUCCUGGACCUAAGCCAACGCAUUGGCUCUACGGAUCCUUGAAGGAGAUUAUGGAUACGAAGUGGAGCGAUGGACACUACCCGGAGCCCGCCCUCUCUUGGGUCAAAAAGUUUGGCGGCGCCGUGCAUUUCCGCUAUUCACUGGGCCAUCGCGUCCUUCUCACCGACCCUGAAGCACUCAAACACGUAUUCGUCACGAAUGCAGACAACUACCCCCGCGACUUUGCUGUUCGGGGGAACCUUCGGGACCUCACUGGAGGCGAUGGCCUGCUCAGCACGGAGGGCGAGACCCACCACCAUCAGCGCAAGAUGCUGACUCCGCUCUUCACACAUGCCAAGGUCAAGGAAUUUAUCAACAUUUUUGCCGACCACACGCAGCACCUGGUCAGCCAUUUGACGCCCGUUGUGGAUGCUGGCACUCCCGUGGACAUGCUGGAGAUGUUGACAAAGAUGUCGCUCGACAUCAUCGGCGUCGCGGCGUUCGGCUACAAGUUUGGUUCGCUCAAGAACGAGAACGAACGGGUGAUCGAGGCGUACAAAGUUAUGAACGAACCCCACGACCUCCUUCACUUCGUCGGGGCCCUCCUCAUUCCAGGCUUCCGCAGCUGGCCACUGCCUCGCCUGAUUCGACGUCGCCAAGCAAAGCGAAUGCUGUACGAGGCCGUCGACAACGUCAUUGCGACCAAGUUGAAGACUCCCACGGCGCCGUCUGCGUCCAAGGAUUUGCUAGACCUAAUGCUCGACGGUGAGCACACCGUGUCGGCAGAGGAAGCUCGAACCCACGUCAUGACGUUCAUGUUGGCUGGCCACGAGACCACGAGUUGCACGUUGGCCUGGGUGCUCGCAAUGCUGGCCACACACCCCACAGCCGAAGCGACGGUCCGAGCAGAGUGUCGCCAAGCUGCAGCCAAGCACGGCAAGACAAUUGGAUGGUCCGCGUUGGGCGAACUCAAAUAUGUGUUGGCUCUCAUCCAAGAAACGUUGCGAUUGUAUCCCUCCGUCUCACUCUUGGCCCCUCGUUUGUGCAUGCAAGACGAUUUGCUGCCCAUGGCCGACGGCAAGCCUUACCGUGUGCCAAAGGGCACCGUAACGACUGUGAACGUUGGGGCACUGCACCGCAACCCCAAGUAUUGGACUCAGCCGAACGAGUUUAUCUUGGAUCGGUUUGUCGACGGGUCGGCGACGUUUGCAGCGGACAAGGCAUUGCGCGGGGGUCAUGGCAAUACGUAUUAUUACAUGCCGUUUAGCACUGGUCCAAAGAACUGCAUCGGAAUGCGCUUCGCCAUGGCGGAGUUGCAAGUCGUCGUGGCCAACCUCGUGCUCAACCACACUUUCAAGUUGACGCAAGACGCUAACAUUAACCCCAUGGCGGCUGGCAUCACGAUAAAGCCUGUCGCUCUGGCCAUGACGAUCGAGUCGGUCGCGUAGCUUAUCUGCUUUUUCACGGUACUGUAGUUGUAGCCGGGCACACGCAGAGGAGGAGUAGGUAAAAUGAAGAAUGAAUUGGCAGGGUUAUGCUAUCUAGCUCUGCUACGUGAAUAUGGAAAGUUAAGGCGACUCGUGGGGAGAGUCGGUAGCAACCUAGGC